AUGAGCACUCCAACCACUGCUGCAGUGCUAUAUGCGCUGACCGUGGCGAAAUCCCCGGCUAAGCCUGGCCCAGAAGAUGUUUUGGAGAAAAGCCAUCAUGCAAAAAGUGGAUUCCAAAACCCGUGGGAAUCUUUCCGCGAUAUGGAUUCGAAAGAUAUCAUGCAACUGACGAUCCUUCGUCGAUUGAACGGCAAAGCGAACAUUCCUGAUACCACUCUGCCAACAGUUGCCGUUCGCAAGCCCGAAUUUCUUCCCAGCCGAGAGACUCCCAAGCUGCGCGCAACUUGGCUUGGACAUGCAUGCUAUUAUGUGGAGUUCCCAAGCGGCCUCAGAGUAUUAUUUGACCCAGUGUUUGAAGCGCGUUGUGGCCCACUCUGCGGACCGUAUUCGCUAGGUCCGAAGCGCUUUACUGAGCCUGCGUGUCAAGUUAGUGAUAUCCCUGUCAUCGAUGCGGUGGUCAUCUCCCACAAUCACUACGACCAUCUAUCUUAUCCAACUAUCUUAAAAAUCGCGAAAAGACAUCCCAACUGCCACUUCUUCGCGCCACUAGGCAACAAGUCUUGGUUCCACAAUUCAGGCAUCCAGAAUGUAACCGAGCUGGAUUGGUGGGAUGAGAGUGAUAUUGCAAUGUCACCCACAGAGGGAAUGAACCCCCAGGUUGAACCAGCGGGCAAAUCCUCUACCACGGCAGAGAUCAAGGCGCGCAUCAGUUGCCUGCCUUGUCAGCAUGUUACUGCCCGCAGUCCUUUCGACAAAUACAAGACCCUUUGGGCUUCCUGGGCCAUUGAGUCUGGUGGUAGCAAGGUCUAUUUUGCUGGUGAUACCGGUUACAGAGCAGUGGAUGAGCUACCAGAAGGGGAGGAUGAUUGGGACCCCAAGUACAAUUUCCCCAUAUGCCCUGCUUUUAAGCAGGUCGGUGAGUUCCGGGGACCAUUUGAUCUUGGCUUGAUCCCCAUUGGCGCAUAUGCUCCUCGUCAUAUUUUCAGUCCAGCACACUCUGACCCCCAUGAUGCCGUUCGUAUCUUCAAAGACACCAAGUGCAAACAGGCACUGGGCAUGCACUGGGGCACUUGGGUACUUACUGAGGAGGAUGUGCUUGAACCUCCUAAGAAGCUAAAGGAAGCGCUGAAAAAACAUGAUCUUGCGGAGAAUGGUGUUUUUGAUGUUUGUGAGAUUGGUGAGAGCCGGGAGUUCUGA